AUGUACACUGACUACCCCAGCACUGACUAUCCCAGUGCCAUCCAGACUCAAUCCACGUCUCUCAACCGAAAAUUCAUGGCGGCGAAAUGGAGGGAACUCAAAAUCGCUGUCACUUUCUUCAUAGUAGCUGGGGCUGUUAUAGGGCUGUCUUUUGUGAUCUACUUGACAUUUCACUUUUAUAAAAAGUAUUUCUCUCGACCCAAGGACGAAGUGUUUGAUUCAGCUACACUACCUUUUGUGCCGGAACCCUCUGAGACGGCUCCUGAUCUUGUAGUAUCCACUACAGAACACAGCACUUCUUCAGAGGUUAUCACAGCUUACGAUCAAAGGGCCCUUACUGUAGUGCUACCCCCUCUAACUUCGUCUAUCUAUGAUGGAAAUUUCAAUGAAAGAAUACGUCAAAGUAACAGCCCCACCCCACCCCCAAGAACACCUCGUCUGGUCGUGAAGAGGGCCUCAGAACCAGAUAACGUAGUCAACCGAGUUCUUAUCACCUUGGAAAGACCCUCCGAAUCUGUAACUGAGCCAGCUACAAGAACUGCCCCUGCUGAUUCCCCACCACCAAAACCUUCCCCACUACCAAAUCCUAACCCACGAGCAACUUCUAUCGGGACCAGAUCACCAAAACCUAACCCACGAGCAACGUCUAUUGGUAACAGAUCGCCAAAACCUAACCCACGAGCAACGUCUAUUGGUUCCAGAUCACCAAAACCUAACCCACGAGCAACUUCUAUCGAUACCCGAUCACCAAAACCUAACCCACGAGCAACUUCUAUCGGUACCCGAUCACCAAAACCUAAUCCACGAGCAACGUCUAUUGGAACCCGAUCACCAAAACCUAACCCACGAGCAACUUCUAUCGGUACCCGAUCACCAAAACCUAACCCACGAGCAUCGUCUAUUGGUACCCGAUCGCCAAAACCUAAUCCACGAGCAACUUCUAUUGGUAACAGAUCACCAAAACCUAACCCACGAUCAACGUCUAUUGGUUCCAGAUCACCAAAACCUAACCCACGAGCAACUUCUAUCGGUACCCGAUCACCAAAACCUAUCCCACGAGCAACUUCUAUUGGUUCCAGAUCACCAAAACCUAACCCACGAGCAACUUCUAUCGGGACCAGAUCACCAAAACCUAUCCCACGAGCAACUUCUAUUGGUAACAGAUCGCCAAAACCUAACCCACGAGCAACUCCUAUUGGUUUCAGACCACCGACAUGUUUCCCACGAACCUCCUCAAUAGGUGAAAAUCCUCAGGCUAACCUAGAGGCAUUUUCUCGAGCCAACUCUAUUUCUUAG